AUGGAAUCUAGUUCAAGACAAACAUAUGUUGAGAUUAACUUGAGUAGUCUUCCUACAGAUCCUAGAUUGAGGAUUAAAAUUUUAGAAUAUCAUCCUAAUGAUAGAGACAAAGUGAGAAGGGCAUACUUGCAAAAAGGACCUUGCCAACCACACAAUCAUAAUUUUAAAAAGCGAGCAAUUGGGAAUUUAAUGCAUCGUUUUAAUCCCAUUUGGUUUAGAGAAUAUGCAAAUUGGUUAGAGUAUAGUGUAGAAAAGGAGGUUGUUUUUUGUUUGUGUUGUUAUCUUUUUAGACAUGAGAUUGGAAAACAAGCAGGCGGUGAUUCUUUUAUUAGUGAAGGUUUUGAUGCUUGGAAUAAAAAAGCUAGAUUGGAUAUUCAUGUAGGAGGUCCUAACAGUGCUCACAAUCAAGCAUGGAAAAACUGUGAGGCUUUGAUGAGACAAGAUCAACAUAUUGAAAUGGCUCUUAAUAGGUAUUCCAACCAAAUGAGAAAAGAUUAUCGACUUCGUUUAAGUGCCUCAGUCGAUUGUCUUCGGUUCCUUUUAAAGCAAGGUCUUGAUUUCCAUGGUGAUAAUGAAUAUGAUGGUUUAAAAAAUCAUGGAAAUUUCCUUGAGCUUUUAAACUUUCUAGCUAUGUAUGAUGAGGAAAUUGAUGCAGUUGUUGGACAAAACGCUCCCAGUAAUGUUAAGCUAACCUCUCCUGAUAUUCAACAUGACAUCAUUAAUGCUUUUGCCAUUGAAACUGUUAAUGCUAUUAUUCAUGAUCUGGGAAAUGAUUUUUUUGCAAUUUUGGUGGAUGAAUCUCGUAAUAUAUCUGUGAAAAAGCAAAUGAUUGUUGUGUUACGUUAUGUUGACAAAAAAGGAUAUGUAGUUGAGAGAUUUCUUGGCAUUAUUCAUGUUAAUGAUACAAGUGCUUCUUCUCUUAAGUUAUCAAUUGAUUCAUUGUUUUCCAAGCAUGGAUUAAGUAUAUCAAGGCUUCAACUUACACUUGUUGCUAUUGCAAAAAAUGAUGCUCAAGUUGGAAGUCUUUUUAACAUGGAAGCUGAUCUAGUAAAUGUUGUUGGAGCUUCUUGUAAGCGGCGAGAUAUCCUUCGAGAACGUCAAGCUGCUCAUGUUUCUAAAGCAUUAUCUAUUGGUAAACUUACAAGUGGCCGUGGAUUGAAUCAAGAAACUACGCUUAAAAGAGCAGGAGAUACACGUGGGGUUUCACAUUAUGGUAUGUUGCAUCUUUAA